GUCAAUAUUCGCUCAUAAUUUGUAUUUCUUUUUUUUUUAUUAGUUGAACUCUGUAUUCCGUUGUAUAUAAUGGGUAGAGUAGCUAGAUUAAGAACCAGACCAUAAAUAUGGCGGAGUACUAGUUAAUACGCGAGCGCUGCAGAGGCUCUUCAUCAAGAAGCAGGACGAGAAUAUCGGUAUGGCACCGGUCCGUUCCGUCUAAGUCAAAAGUAAUUCGACGUCCGAGCAAGUUAAGGAUCGGCUAGAUUGACUCUGCGCGACCGCAUUUUCCAACGCCGGUUCUGAUUGGAUUGUAUUCUUCUCUUCGUUUCACUGCUUGUGCACCAAUGAGAGGAUCGUUGAGAGCGCGUGGCUCAAGAUAUUGGACAGAUGCUGCUCUUUCGCUCCUUUUGAUAGUUGGCCAUAGCGGCCCGGGAGUCAUGUUGCCGUGGGAAGUGUGGCUUUGGGUAAUGGCGGCCCGAGAGCGACGGUGUGUACAUAGCGUCAACUCAUUCUUCCUCUGUGAUAUCUGAGGCAGGAGUGGACCGCGCCCAUCGAUGGUUUAGAAUAGACUCCGAUCUCGCCAUCAAACUGCCUUCUGGAGGUGAUAUGUCUGGAUCAACGAUUCAAACUCUGGUGAGUUGUUCGUCGGUUUCCAUAAGUCUUAUUAAAGUUGAUUCAUAUCCUCUAUAGAAAGUCAAGAUAUAUGAAAACUCAGGAAAUUAGUGCAAGAGUGAUAUUUAUUGUUGACCGUUCUCUCCCCAGAUGGACAAAUAUGAAUAUUCGAGUUCCGCUGUUCUGAAACAUAGUUUCGGGCAUGCACCGACUCCAGUCUGGACUGUGAAUUGUUCUUGGAACGAGGAAGGCAGAUUGUGAUGAGUCAAGAACUCAUAUUCAGCUCGCCAUUUCACAUGAGCCAAGCAGGUGACUAGAUCGUACUAAUUGUGGCCUCAGGCUACAAGAUCUUUUCAACUAUUCAAAAAUGAAGAAAUACUUGAUUAACCACAUACCAAACAGAACAGAAAUGUACAAGUCAGAUUAUGGAGCCCUCUA